GAAUGCCUAGCAACCUGUUUCAAAAACUCCUCUUACAUAUUUUCCAAAAGCGGAAGAGACUGGUCUAAUAACAGGAUUGUCUGUAUCGUCCAGGGAGGUAACUUAGUUUCCAUCGAAACUGAAGAAAAAUGGAAGUUUAUCAAUUAUGAGAUUCGAAAGCGCGGUACUUGGAACACUAGUACGUGGCACAUUGGUUUAAGGAAGAGAGACGGGGUUUGGACUUGGGAGAGUGGAGAACAACUGAAUGUUUCGAAAUGGCAAUAUCUUGAGCCAGAUCCUCACGACAGUUACGCGGAAAUAUCCGAGAAUGGAGGCGUCUUUAAUGGUAUCUCUAAGUGUGAUGAUAAAGCUUAUAUCUGCGAGAUGCCCGGAGGUAAGAUCACAUUUCAACCAUAAACUACAUUAUGUGCUGAAACAUUACUCUUACACUUUUGUCAUGCCCUUGCCUCUGAAAAGUAAAAAUAUUGUACACAGAAUAUGCUCAGCUCACCCAACUUGUACGUUUGAGCGAUGAAGGAACUUUUAAGCGCGCAUUAGUAGUUCAACAUAAUGCCCCUAAAAAUUUCCGGGACACACGUUGGAAUAAAAAUUAUCACUCUAGAGUUGUAAUUUUUUGCAUCGCCUGCAGCUGGAAGAGCAGCGAUCGAAAUUGUACAAUUCACAACUUUUGUCGAGUGCGCCGCGAUUGAGAUAAUCUAGCCCAACGGAAUUUUCCUCCCCCACAAGUUACAAGAUGUGUUCACUGAGUUCAGUGAGCGUAUGCAUGUUGUUUUGAACAUGACACAUUGAAGUAUUUUCAUAUUUUGUGUGAAGGUGGGUGCGCAUGCGUGUUUCUUGUAUGAGUUACUGAUAAAUAUGUUAUUCACGGGCCGGGAGGUUCGUAUUGGGUAAGACUGUGCCCAAGGUCUUGAGUACCACUACUUAAGACAGAGCGCACAGUUUUUCCCAAUACGGACCGACCUAGGCUGAUGAAUAACAGUUUUUUUUUUCUUAAACUUCACGAAAUGUUUUCCAAAAGGACCCUAAUGAUUGAGGGCUGUAACUACGGCAAGAUGCUUCAUGAAAUGAACAAUUUUCGAGUGAGUAAAUGUUAGUUGAAACAGAAUUAGGUAAUGCAAAUGAAAGAGAGGCUAAACCGAAACUUAAUUUGUAUAAUGAAAAGGGUGAUUUAGAAGGCUUCCAGAGAGACUUCAAAACAUUUUUUUUACAUGUAUCUGUCACACUCUGACACCUGUCAAUUAGAGAGCAAGUAAGAAAAAAAAGUGCCUGCACGCUUUAAAAAAGAAAAAAAACAACAACAACUGCAUUGGCUUGGCAAACAAACUUAAGUUCAAUGACUGCGACAAUUUUUUCUUCAAAAUAAGUCAAUGAUCCUACGGAAAGUAUUACUUCCAUCGACUUUUGAUGAGCGAAGUAUAACUCUGCUCAGUCAGUAAAUGGAAAGUAAUUGUAAGCAAAUUUAAAUCUAUGUUUUGAAGUUGUGGGAUUUUGCUCGUUUGUUUGGUCCAAUCGCGUUGUUAAAUCUGGUCCUUAAUCAAAAAGUGAAUUUUAAUGCAGCUUUUUCUCGUUGAAUUCCUUCGUUUUCUGCUGUGAAUUUUACGGUAGAAAUGUCCAAACUUACCGAAAGCUCAUUUGAAGUAUAGAACUGAACACUUCGCUCACUGUUUUACAAUGAACAAAUUGUUUGAGAGAAUUCAGAUAUAAAAUGAAUAAAGUUCCUUAAUUAGUUCAAUUUUAAACAAAUACGUUACGUUCGAACUUUCUGAGUUACUUCUAGCGAAGGUUUAGGUUAAUUACAAGCAGUUUUUAGGCCGCGCGUUAACCCAUUUAAUGACAUUUGCUGAUAAAAUUCAUUUCAAAACCAUUUUUUUUCGCUGGUAACCAAAGUGAUUCUAAGGAGAGAGAAAGAAAGGAUUAAUAAUAAGUUAUUAAUCAGCUUGAUUUGCUUUGAAAUGAAUUGCUUAAAAAUACUGCCCAGCUGGCAAAACGAAAAUCCGGAGCGCAUUAAGAACACAUAAGAUUGCAGAAGUCGUUACCGAGCCCUAUGAGAAAAACAUAUUAUAAAUACUGUUCUUUUGAGAGAGGUUGUCGGAAGUGCAAGCGAUAACCCCGAAAGGUAUUACGGGUAUCUUUCGUGGUUAGAUGACCUCAGGAUUUUAGGGAAAUCUUAGAAUAUUUCACUUUAAGGACGAGGCAUCACGGGUUUGAUGAGCCUAUUUCAUUUACAAGACUGACUUCAAAAUCUAAACUGCAUGAAAAACGAAAAACAAGAACCUACCCUAAUUAAUUUAUCUUUACUUUUUAUUUCCAUAUUGAUUACCGUUUCACAUAUAAUCUUUUGAGAUUGUCGCGUGCACUUUAAAUUUUUGCUCUUUUUCCCUACAACCUUUUCCAUAUCAACUGUAUGCAGUUAACUGUGUAUCUCCAGUGGCACAUUUUUGGGAACUUACUUGAAGUCUGUCCAGAUGGAGGAGGAAGAAUAGGAGGCGGGGGGAGAUGUCAGCUCAACGAGGAACUAAUUAAUAUUCAAAAACUCAACUACCAAAAUUACAUGAACUCACAGAUAAUCUUAGCUGAUGUGUAGUUAAGUAAUUCAGAAAAACAGGUCCGAGGUAGUGAAGAAAGAUGUAUUGUAUUAACUGACACUGAUUAAACGUAAACUGCAGAUGUCAAAAAUGUAGGAAUCAAAUAGAAAAUAAGUCACGUUUUCCAUCUCAUUUGUUUUUCUCCUUUAUUGUCAUUGUGAUUAUAACCUUUUUAUGCUACCAUCAUUGUUAUAAUUAUUACUUUGUUUAUCAUCAUUAUGAUAAUUAGUAUUUUCGUUUUCCUUUUCAUCAUUUUGUAGAAUGGCAAAAUGUAACUUUUCAAAACUCUUGGUACAUAUUUUCGGCGUAUGGAAGAUACUGGCUCUGGAACAGAGUUACCUGCCAAAACCAAGGAGGGGAUCUAGUUUCCAUUGAAACCGAAGAGGAAUGGAGUUUCAUCAAUGACGAGAUUCAAAGGCGAAAUAAUAUCCACUCUGACAUUCAAUGGAGUAUUGGUUUAACCAAAGGGGCCGCGAAUUGGACCUGGGUGAGUGGAAGACCGCUGACUAUUUGGAAAUGGGGACAAGGGGAGCCAAGUGCUGAACACGACGCGGCCUUCAUGUACAAGCUGUCUAGUAAUGGCGAACGGGGCGUGCUUGGUAGUGGUGUUAGCAAUGUUACAAUUUGGGAAAAGUGGCACGCUUAUAUUUGUGAGAUUUCCAUG